AUGCCACCGUCCAAUGCACCCGAGGGAGACAAGCGCGGGAACCCCGUCAUCCAUUACCAUGAGAGACGAUCCUCCUGUGCGACUGGAAUAUGGAUUCUUUCUAUCCUAGUUCUCGGACUCGCUGCUGCGGUAGUCGCAAAGGCUCCUGCUAGCCCGCUGCGCUCUUCAGCUAUCUACAACGUUGCGGUGGCAUCUCUCCAGGUCUUCCUCUCCUUCUUCGCGGGAUCGAAGCCGGUAUCACCGACGGAUGCACGGCCAUCCAAAUUGGGUACAAUUACACUGGUCGUGUCCACGCUUGCUUGGGGCGCCGCAUUCCCCAUCAUGUUCAUCUUUGCCAGUGAUGAUGGUCGCUAUGCCGUGAUGGACUCUAAAAAGCGUGCGCCGGUCGUGGAACUCGGGCUGGUUGUUGUAGAUGGAUUGCAGAAUAUCACAAUGGCUUGCGGGGCGUUUGGUGCUGCGGUGUUUUUGUGCAUUCUGUUCCAGUGGUACUAUACCAUCCGGCUGUACCGGGGUCAAUUUGCUCGGGAGCAUAUCGAAGUAGCGUAUAAUGUCAAGUAG